ACACAAACUCACUCUAUCUCCUUCUUUCAUGCUCUCUCCCUCCCUCUCUUUCUGUCAGUGUCAUUCUAUAGUGGAGAUGUGGAGUGUCUUUCUGUCUCUCUGUCUGUUUUUUCAGCCCAAUUCAGCUGAGGAAGUGAUGCUGCUGGACACAACAGAGUCUACCUCAGAGCUGGGCUGGACCACCUAUCCAGACACGGGGUGGGAUGAGGUCAGUGUCCUGGACGACCGGGGGAAGCUCAUACGAACCUUCGAGGUCUGUAAUGUCAACCAAAAUCCCCGUCUGCAAGACAACUGGUUGGCUACGCCCUUCCUGUACCGGCACUCUGCUCCACGGGUGUUUGUCACACUGCGUUUCUCAGUGCGUGACUGCGCCAGCCUGCGAUCGCCGUCACCCACCUGCCGAGAGACACUCACUCUGUACUACAAACAGGCCGACUCCCAGAGAGAGCUGGAGAGGACCUGGGCAGCUGAGCCGUCCAAUGGAGAGAAGGAGACCAGGGAGGGCUGGGUGAAGAUCGACACUAUCGCGGCUGAUAAGAGUUUCUCCAAGGUGGAGCCCAGUUCACCUCACCAGUAUCAACCCAACAGAUACAGCCGAAUCAACAUCAAGACACGCAGCUUUGCCCCGCUCACACGCAACGGAUUCGUCCUGGCCAUUGUCGACAGUGGAGCUUGUGUUUCCCUCAUGGGUGUGUCAGUCUUCUACCGGCGCUGUCCAGCCACCAGCAUGUACUUGGCAUCCUACCCGGCAACUCCCUCAGGGGCCGAGCCGACUGCCUUAGUUCCCCUGAGCGGGACAUGUGUUCCCCACAGUAAAGCACAGGGAGGCACGCCCCCUCGCAUGCACUGCAAUGCUGAAGGGGAGUGGAUGGUUCCUGUAGGAGGAUGUGUCUGUGAUGAAGGCUAUGAGCCAAACCUAAAUGGAUCUGCCUGCUUGGCUUGUCCGGUGGGCUACUUCAAGUCCGUUGCGGGCUCCAUUCCCUGCUCGGUGUGUCCCUCCAACAGCAGAACCAGCCAGGAGGGAUCGAGUGUGUGUGAAUGUCGCAGCGGAUUUUACCGGGCAGCCAAUGAUGCCAACUCUUCUGCAUGCACAACUCCUCCAUCUGCUCCGGUCUCUCCGUCCUGGGAGUAUGAGAGCGGCGAUGGCGGGGUGUCCAUAAGGUGGCGCCCUCCAGUGGAAAUGGGAGGCCGCAGCGAAGUGUGGUAUGGGGUGGUGUGUCGCAUCUGCCCCUCAGCCACCUUUACCAACCCGGCGGCGUGCUCCUGGUGUGGAGAGGGCGUCACCUUCAGCCCUGCCCAGACAAACCUGAAACAAACCAAGGUCACCCUCAACAACCUGCUGACCAGAGUCACUUAUCUCAUACAGGUGCAAGCCAUGAAUGAGGUGUCAGCUUUGAGUCCUUUUCCAGCUCGAUACACAAGCAUCAAUUUCACUACGAGCCAGUCAGUUCCCAGCACAGUUCCUAUGAUGCACCAGCUGAGUAGAGCCCCAGACUCCAUCACUCUCUCGUGGCCUCAGCCCGACAGGCCCAAUGGAGACAUCCUGGAGUACCAGCUUAGAUACUAUGACAAGGGUUCAGAUGUGGACAGUGCAGCGAGUGUGUACAGUGAGACCAACACGGUGACCGUCAACUCUCUGAUCCCCGGCUCCAUCUACGCCUUCCAGAUCAGAGCUCGGAAUGAACGGGGCUACGGCCCCUACAGCAACACCAUCUACUUCACCACGCUGCCUCUGGAGGAACAUUCACAGCAGAUCCAGAAUCGACUUCCUCUGCUGGUUGGGUCAGUGAUGGGCGGUGCAGCAUUUCUCCUGGUGGUGGCAGCGAUUGUGGUCGUGGUGGUAUUUCGCAGUAAGAGGAGGGAGAGUCCGUACAGCGACAGACUACAGAGGUACAUCAGUAACCGAGGUGGAGUUAAGUAUUAUGUGGACCCAUCCACAUAUGAGGACCCCAGUGAGGCUGUCAAAGAGUUUGCCCGUGAGAUAGAUCCCACUCAUCUUAAGAUUGAGGAGGUGAUUGGUGCAGCCCAGUUUGGGGAGGUUUCUCGGGGCCGCUACCGUCCGCUGGGUCGAAGGGAGGUGCUGGUAGCCGUCAAGACUCUACGCUGGGGGGCGUCUGACAGAGAGAAGGGCAUGUUCCUCAGUGAAGCAGGGGUCAUGGGACAGUUUGACCACCCCAACGUACUGAAGUUGGAGGGUGUGAUCACUUGUACCCCCCCAGAGAGGAUCAUCACUGAGUUCAUGGAGAACGGGCCCUUGGACGCCUUCCUCCGGGAGAACGAGGGCCAGUUCAGUGUCCUCCAGCUUAUCGGGAUGCUCAGAGGAGUUGGUGCAGGGAUGCGUUACCUCUCCGAGAGAAACUUUGUCCACCGGGACCUGGCGGCUAGGAACGUGUUGGUCAACUCCAACCUGGUCUGUAAAGUGUCUGACUUUGGCCUGUCCCGGCUCAUGAGGGGCCUGGACCACAACAUACCUACGUACACUGCCUCACUGGGCAGUAAGAUUCCUGUGAGGUGGACGGCACCAGAAGCCUUUCAGCAUCGCAAGUUCAGCUCAGCGAGUGACGCCUGGAGCUUCGGCAUACUUAUGUGGGAAGUGAUGUCAUAUGGAGAGCGUCCAUAUUGGGACAUGAGCAAUCAAGAAGUGAUGAAGGCAGUCGCAGACCAGUAUCGUCUCCCUGCCCCCCACAACUGCCCCUCCGCCCUCCACUCUCUGAUGCUUCAGUGUUGGCAGGCUGAUCGAGGGGACCGGCCAGGCUUCGACACACUCCUGUCCUCCUUGGAUCGGCUCAUCAGGCACCCUGCCUCCCUCAAGGUGGAGCCAACUCGAAGCUGCUCUCAACCCCUGCUGAGCCCCACGCCCACAGACUUAACGUCAGUGGCAACAGUCAGUGAUUGGCUGAAGGCGCUGAGGAUGGAGCGAUAUCAGGAUGAGUUUGAUCAGGCAAACCUGGACACAUUAGACAGAGUCAGCAUGCUCAACAUGGAUGAUGUCCAGAAUCUCGGGGUGAACCUGCUGGGGCACCAGAGGAAGAUCGUCAGUGCAGCCCAGCAGCUCAGAGCCUAUCUGACGCAGGGGCAGGUGGAGGUGUGAAAUCCACCCACAGAACAACCCGUGCCACGGAUUUCUGUGGUUUUCACAUCCCUCUGCUUGUUGUGUCUGGUUUCAUUCAUUUUGAUGGAGCACAUUUUAAGCCAAAACAAAAAGAGAAUCAGCUUUUUUUUUAGGAAAAGCAUUGAGUGCCACUCUGUGUAUUCUUCUAAACUUCAACCGACACUACAACCAGAAGGGGUGAAAAAGAGGAUCCGACUUCCUGCCAGUCACUCACGUCACGACUAAUAACAGAGGAGGGAUGCACUAUGGGAGCUGCAUUUCAGGUCAAAGUGAAGUUAGGGUGUUGCUGAGGAGAAGGAGGACUUUAAAGAUUCCUCAAUGUUUUUCACUAGAUUUCACUUUAUUGUUGUCUGCCUUCUUCUCUCCUCACCAAUCUCAAUCCUACCUCUCACCUUCUCUUCCCACUACUGUCCCCCCUAAAACUUUUCAAUUUCCCCACCCUCAUUGGUACAAAAUAAACUAAAAAAAUGUUUUUUGUUAACAUACUGUACUUAUGGAGAUCUCUCCACACAAAGAAUUGCGUGAAGACAAUCAAAGCUUUUUUCAAAUUUUUUUUUUUCUGUUGAGUUGUUUGUAAAGUUGUAUCACUUCCUCUCCUUAAAACACCAAAUGCUGAGAAACUGUUAGCAAAAAAAAGAAAACAGUGAACUACCUAGCAGCCCAUGGUUUGCCUUAUAAGGUAUUACCAUUAGCGUUGAGAAAAAUUUACAGUUUGUUCAAUUGUUCCAACAAAAUAAUAUAAACCACCAGACCAAAAUCAGUACUGCAAACCCCAAGGUUAGAUAUGAAUCACUGCCAUGACAUUGUAAAAACAAAAACAAAACAUGUGUUUCCCUCUUUUAAAGACAUAUCCAGGGCUUGAGAGCAACUCAGUUUGUAAAACUCACUCUCACUCUCAUGUCUCUCAGCGACAACAGAGCUCAUGUACUGUAAAACUACAAACUUCACCUCAGCUGCAAACACAAACGUCCAUCUGCGAUGAAGACAGAACUGAACAGCACCCACCUUUGUGUGUACUUUUCACACUUCACCUUUUUUUUGUUAAAUUGCUAGAGUAAAGACACUGAGUCAUUGAAGCGUUGUGAAUGUGUGAAAUGGGAAAGACGGACAAAAUCGGAUCUGAUUUACACUUGAAGGAAGGAGGCGAAAUGCUUUGUAAGUAUGUACCUGUGUGUCUGGGCUGUACAUGACGCUGUGUGUGUGUGUGUGUGUGAGUGUGUGUGUGCGCGCGUGCGUGCACGUACAUGUGGUGCGUGUGCAUGUGUGUGUUUGAGACAAGUGUGUCAGGCUGCACACAUUAGCUGUGUUUACUUGUAUGAGUCUUCACCAAUAUUCCAUAAUUGUGCAAAUUUGUAAAAUAAAUGAUAUGAUUUUAUUUAA